AUGGCGAUAAUAAUGUCAGAACUUCCACGGGAUUUAGUAGAGGAAGUGCUCACUAGGGUUCCGUUGACAUCUCUGAGAGCAGUGCGAUUGACUUGCAAAAACUUGAACGAUAUAUCCAAAGAUGGGAGCUUUAUAAAGAAGCAUAUCGUCGAAGCAAAGAAGAAGCAAGUGAAUGAGUUUGAGUUAAUCAUAGUGAUGAAUUGUAAAAUUUAUCUAAUGAGUGUCGAUCCCCACAGCAAUGUCGAUCCAUAUAUUACGCUUAAAGGUACACUUUUUAGCCUGAAGGAUGAUGCAAAUGAUCAUCAGGUCGAUGAUAUAGUUAGCGUGUUUGACUGCGAUGGUUUACUGUUAUGCAUCACCAGAGACCUUAACUCUAGGCUUUUGGUUUGGAAUCCUUACUUUGGGGAAACAAGGUGGAUCCAACCCAGAGAUCGUUACCACGAUAUGGACGUAUACGCUCUUGGGUAUGACGAGAAGAAGAAGUACAAAAUCUUUAGAUUUGUGGAUGAUUAUUACAGUUACUCCUAUAUAGAAGAGGAACAAAUAUGUGAGUUAGAAGUCUAUAGUUUUGAGUCUGAUUCAUGGAAGGUUGUUCUUAAUGUCACUCCUGAGUGGAAUAUAUAUUAUUAUCACAGUGGCGUUUCUCUUAAGGGUAAUACUUACUGGUAUGCUACUAAUAAGGUCCGCAGAAGAGGCGGAUACGAUGUUGUUGUUUUCUUGAUCUGUUUUGACUUUACAACAGAGAGAUUUGGACCGCGCCUGCCUCUACCUUUUAGCACUUGUAAUAUUUAUGAUAUCGUUACUCUCUCUAGUGCUGGGGAAGAUCAGUUAGCGGUCUUGUUUCAUGACGGUUUUACAUCGGCGAUGGGGAUUUGGGUGACGAGUAAGAUUGAGCCUACAGAGGUCUCGUGGAACAAGUUGUCUUUAGCGGAUGAUAUGGGCAUGCUCAUUAGUAACAUUCCGACAAACGAUAGGAGUUUCUUCAUUGACGUGAAGAAGAAUGUUGCAGUUGUUUUGGAUAGAGGUGCCCGCUACAUUGCUUACAUCAUUGGGGACAAAGAAUACUUCGAGGAAGUGGAUCUCGGCGAAUCUGCAGACCUAAAUUGUUGGCCCCUUGUUUGUUCUUAUGUUCCGAGCACAGUGCAAAUCAGGCAGCUCUAA